GAAAUAGACCGUCGAGACGACUAAAAGACCACUUAUUAAUUAUUUCGUGCGAACAGUCUUCGGAUUGUUGUUUCAUCCAGUUAUUUUCGUCUAUUUAAUCUUAUUUAAUCUGUCUUCUGUUAGUUCGUUUUCGCGGCAGGCUCCAAAUCACGCUACCGGUUCGAACUGUUCUCAAACAUUCUUCUUUUAAUUGACGUGAGACUCGAUGUAAUUAGAAUGCUCGUCACGAUCAAGGUUACUUUAUGCUCGUGUUAACAAUUUCGACAGCAGCUUACCAAUUAACGUGGGCGACGGGUUUCUUAACGAACAGUUAUGUUACGGUGUGUUCUUCACCAUGACCCCCUCACCAUUAUAAUAUAAUUGCUUCGUAACGAUAAACAUAUCCGAGCUUACUCGCCGCCGACACGGAGAAGAAAUUUCAAACGCAUCGAAGGGAUCGGCAAACGACGGUCGCUUGUCGAAGCUUGUCAAAACUUGUCGAAACAAGCUACGAAUAGUUUUUCGUCCUGGAGACCCGGCCCGUGUUUAUUUCAGACCGAAACGGUAAGGGUUCUACACAGACGAGAGAUUAGUUUACGUAUUCUAGAACUGCUAGUGUGCGAACUACCCAAAGAAAAAUGUGAGGAGGAGGGACGCAGACAGAAAGAGAGAGAGGGAGGGAGAGAGAGAGAGAGAGAGAGAGAGAGAGAGAGAGGGAGACAGAGAAAGAGACAAAGAGAGGAAGAGAACGGCAAAGGGAUAAAGCAGCCAGAAUAGCAGCGGGAUCAGAAUGGGAAUGGAAUCUGGAUGCGGCGCGCAUGCGUCGGCCACGUUCAUUCACUCUACCGAAUCAUUCAUAAAUCGCAAGCCCUACGCUCGGUAGAUUGUAAUUAACAACGAGACCUUGUAUUUCACGCAGAUUGCACGCACAACCAGGACGAGACGUCGCCUUCGGUUCAGAUGUAAUUGACGCGACGACCGCACACGCGCUCAGCCGGAUUGCCGGAUACAGUGGGUAUACAGGAAGCGAGGAUACACCGAAUGACCGGAUCCCAAGAUUCCAAGAUCGAAAGAAAGUAGGGAUGGAGACGACGCGAUCGCGUGCGCGCGAACACGUUCUUUCACGAAUCGUUUCAAUACAGACAAACUCUGUGCAUUUAGUAAACACUUAUUUACCAUCAUUAACGAUCAGACUGAAAAACUGGUCCGGAGGAAACUAUAAAGCGCGAAGGAACGGGAAGAUCUGAUUUACAAUGCUCGAAGUUGGAAUCACAAGCAUUGCUAGUCGAAUUGCUUGGAGUAGGAGGAAAAGAUGGUGCACGCACUGAUGCAAAUACGAUGUACAUUUACAAUAUAUACAAUGCACAGUGUACGAUGUGCAAUGUAUAACGUACACGUAUAUAAUGUGUACAGUAUACAGUGUAUGCAAGCGAGAAUCCUGAGCGCAGCGGGACUAGCGAAAUUCAUGAGUGGUAGGAGCUGCAUAGUGGGGGUAGAACUGGUAGAAGCGCACGCACACCUAUGCGGCUGCGGAAUUCGGAAGAGCGACAACUUGACUGGCAUUCGUUUGCGAACCGCGGUACGGUGCGGUUCGUGGAUGCCUCGUGCUCAGUCGUCUAGACCGGCUUCUACCCCUAGAAACGUUCCCUCUCAGGACACUGUGCAAACAAAGUGAGACCCGGCCGACGCGUUGGCCGAAACGUUGUGCCGCAAAACGCCAUAGAACGAGAGCGAACGCGGCAGAGAUUCGAAGAGAAUCUGACAAUUUAAUUCUGACACGCGGACUAGAAUUAAUUGCACUGCUCGACAGUUAAUUUUGUGCGUUCGAUCCGCUACGUUCAGACCGCAACGGUCUUUUCAUUUCGAGAAGAGAGGAUCGGGUUGAGCGGAAUCUCUCGGUCCGUUGGAGUUCCUUCUCGGCUGAAAUCCGUGGAAAGUGCUGUGCACGGUCUGGUUCACGGUGUGCUAUUCAGAGUUCAGAGGGACGGAACAAGAGGGAGGAAGACGGAAGCAAGACAGAGAGGAAGAGCUUACUUAGUGUAGAAAGGCGUGCUCGGAGACGAACUUUUCGAAUCUCGUGAUCGUGACCGUGAGCGUGAGCGUGCUCGGCAUCGAGUCGCGCUGCCGAUGUGACGCAUCGGUCCUUAUCUCCUUCGGAGUAUCGGUCCAUUGCUCGUACGAUCGAUCAUCAAUGUCCUUUUCAUAUGUUGGCUAUUCGACGGGCAUCGCGUACCCGUUCGAACCGUGCCGCGGUUGAAGUUUCCUUUUCUAAUUGCUGAUCGUGCGACGACGAGCGUGACAGGUCGAAGAAUGAGGAACCCGGGAUUCGGGAAAGCGCUUGUGCUACUGCCGCUACUGGUCGCCGCGAACGUGGUCUACAGUUCGGAUGCGACCGUAAUCACGAGCGACGGCGGCCUUCGAGGCUACGACCCCCGGUUCAUGGUCGGCUGUUACUUUCCCGCGGAAUUUCAGGGUGAGUUCGUGACACAGGUGAGCGGAAAGGAAGCCGGCGAUACGACCGGCGCGCAGCCCAUUCAGUACUCCACCAUCGCCAUCACGUUCAACGCUAUACCGGUCUGGGGUUACUGUCACAGGAGGGUCGGUGAUAACGUCUUACUGAUGGACAGGUAUGGCGACGGCGAGUGCAUUAGGUGCUUUCGGUUGCUGAGGAGAUCGAGGAACGUCAUCGAGGUGUUCUCGGAGAACCUGAAUAGGUGUUACACCACGAUAUCAACCGCUUUAGCGUCCUGCGAGGCGCUCAACUCCACGUCUAUUUUAUAUCGUACCAAAGAGAUCGGAAGUGUUCCUAUUAGAAACGAAUAUUGUCCCAUCACCGGCCAGUACCAUUUCAAGUACAAUUUGAACAACGGAUCCGAACGCGCCGUCGAGUGCAACAGCUACUCCUCGUCGUUCAACAACUGUCCGGACGGAUCGGUGCUGAGGUUGCACUUCAAUCGCUGCAGUUUCGAGUUCACGACGAAUCUCACGUUCAAUUGUUUGGGCAACUGGCCGGGACCGAACGGAUCCACCUAUUUCGCUCUGUUAGACAACAACGCGAUCGGCGAGGACAGGCCUCGGUACAGAUGCGGGCUGUUUCAUGUUGAUAAUGUCAAAGGAAAGACGUACAUGGCACUUGGCAGCGACUCAAGCUGCAGCCAGAAUCUGGACAACUCCACCAGCGGGUACGAGACCUUGGUUCUCAGCAAGGUGCCCAACCAGAAGAAAAUGCCGAACUACGUGAAAACGAACGUGGCGACAUUUCCAAAGUGGGCCCAAGGUCUGUGGGAAGAGUCGCUCAUUGUAAACGGCACGAUGACUUUCACCGAUUUGAACGGCUAUAACAGUUACACUUUCAUCACGGUCGACUCGAACGAAGAGACCGGUCGUUACAUCGUGUACUCCAAGGAUCAAUGCGAACAAGCGGCUUACUUGUGCCUGAUGAUGAGACAGCGUAGCGAGAACGUGCUGGAGUUCACGAUAGGGAUGGUGCUGAACCCUGUUUACCAAACGUACUUGUGCGACGACCCCAAUUUGGACAAGCCGGUUUGGAUGACACAAGCGAGGGUUGAACGUGCCGUGGAGUCACCUUGUCCGAUUACCGGCCAGUACAUGGGAAUGAUCACGGACUUGUCGGGAAUGUGCGCCGAAUUGAGCAGCAACUGCAACACCCGCGAGAUCAUGUACUUCAAAGUGACCGACUGCGAGUCCGGAGAACUUUACGAGGAACGAACAUACUUGUGCUUGGGUCAGUGGGAAGAGAAAGGUGUCAUGUACGCGUACACGAUGAGAAACGAUACUGGUACGAACGAAUGCUUCGUUGGAUUGAUCGUCAACGACGAAGAAAUAUAUAUCAAGGAGGCCGGGGAUCACUGCAUCCGGAACAUCGAUCCCAAAAAGGAAGGAAUGCGUCUCUAUAAAAAAGGUCAGUGUUACGGAAACUCCCCCAGUCCAGCGCCAACGCCGAUCAAGCCAAUUUCUCACAAUCCAAUCAUGAGGAUUACGACAACUCCGCGAUCUAGGAUAUCUGAAACUGCUGCUAUACCAGGGAACAAUAUUCCAUCUCUGUCGUCGAGUAACGCGAACACGGCCAGCAUUUUUCUAAUAACGACAACGAUAGUAACCAUCGUUAAAAGUAUUUCUAUACAGGUUUGAACAGCCACGGUUCACUGUCCUCGACGAUGAACCCAGCAAACUAGCAAAUUCAAUGUAACCGUGAGGCCCGUGAAUGGGAUCGGAAAAAAUUCAGGUUUCAGUUGGGCCCACCGAAUAAGACCUCCAGAUAUACGGUACGAACGCAUCGAGCAACACAAAGACUCUUGCCAUCCGUGGUGUUUCUUAGCUAUGCAUACAAUCGUCUUUGUAGAUAAAUAGUUCUCACACCAAACACUGCCUUGUAAAAUACAAGUAUUAGGAAAUUGAAAACUAUAUGACGCUAGGAGAAUCCAAAGAACUCGACACUCAGUAUCCGUUCAUUUCAACGCGUCGCCCUCAUUUUCCUUAAUACUGUAUUAAACCUCUCUAGUUGAACUGCCAAUGGUACGAUUGGUGCGCUGAUUACUGCAACAAUAGUAACGGUACGAUUAUAUGUAGAUACUGUAAUGUAUGUACAAAAAAAACAACCUAGACGUUUUACCUAGAAUUUUCUACUUUUCUACUUUUCUACUUGUCGUAUUACACACGCUUCGUACAAUAGUACACGGUUGUUUCACGGACAGUCAUUUUACACAACAUUCAAAUGCUUUGCUGAUCUUUCUUUUUUUUCAUCCCUUUAGUCUCGCUAGCUAAAGACUCGUGCCGAUAGAGGAUAUUAAAACAUUUAGAAAGAUAACGCAAAGAUACGAAAUUCAAUAAGACAGUUGAGUACACGUUAUUAUUACUGUUAAUCGACAAAUGAGACUGACUCUGCUAAUUGCGCUCUACGCCGUAGAGUCAAUAGGGUAGUUUGCAUCAAAGAUGUUACUUGAAUAACCACUUGACUUUAUAACUGUAAGAUAAGUACUGUUUUUGAUGAGCUAUCCAAUGCAUUAGCAACUAUAUCGAUUUACAUUUGAAUGCAUAUAAACUUCUAUUGUUACUUACAUAGCAAAGAAACAAGACUAUUUUAUAACGGAUUGUCUAUUACUAUUUAAUAUCAACCUCUGCAGAGUAACGAAUAUUUUAAAUAUAUAUGUAAUACCAUAUGAUAGAAAUUUAUUUUAUGAUACACCAAUUUUUACAAUCGUAGGAAGUAAAUUCUAAUGUGGAUAAUUAAGAUUACAUGUAACUAAUUUUCUUUCAAACACUUUUCAAAUGUAACGUAGGUUAUAUGUUACAACGAUGAAUUUGUACGUUAAUGUAAACAAAUGUUGUAUUUGUGAUGCGUAUUCGAUUGUUCUGUACAAUAUCGAUUGUUCUUUUUUGAGAAAUACUUUUACGACUUGCUUUUGUAUUUAUUCAUAAGUGUAUAUAUUUAGAUACGUAUUUUUAAACUCCAUGCUUCUCUUAUGAACAUGACAAUGUAGAUAACAUUCUCGUUUUCAGUCAGAAUCUAAUAUCUCUUAGGUCGAUGUCGAAUGCUAAUGACUUGUUUUUUACAGUACUUUUACGUAACAAUAUUAUGUAGAUUGUUGUCUAAAUAUAAAUAGAAAAUACAUGAAAGUUGUGCCUAA